AUGCGGUGUCACAGCCACCCCUUCGCGGUUACGGCGCCGCUCCGUCAGCUGCAGAAUUGGGCUCGUGUGGCCGCCACGCAUGGAGCAGGGCUCGUGCGGCACCAGCCCAUGGCCGCUGCCGGUGUUGCAGCCGGGCGGACGCGGGGCCCCACUCAGGCCGCGCCGCCCGCGGACCUCUUCCGGACGAAGGUCCAUGAAGGUCUCGGUACCAGCGAGUCCGAUCCCUACACCCGAACGCUGCCGAAUCAGGAGUCGAUCCCGCCCGAGAGCUCGGUCCUUCAAGCCGCCGUCGCGUCGGCGCCGACGCAGGAGGAGAUCGAGAAAUUACCAAAAAAAUGGGGGUUGAUGCAGUAUUGGAUAGGCGACACCUACCCGCGUCUCCCUCUGUACCUGGCGCAGCUAGCCAUUCCGCAUCCGCUGCCAGUCUCACCGACCGCGGAUGAACUUGUUGGUCAGUUUGAGGCACAAAUCCCUCUUAUACUCCAUGACCAAUCUAGGGAUAUUCAGGAAAAAAUGUUGAUGUUCUGGCGCUCAGCGGUUACCGCCUAUGACGCUUUGGCCUUGGAUCACAUUUUUGACCGCCAGAAGUUUGAACGGGGUUUGAAGGAGCACCACCGCCAAACGUUGGAGUCCGCCCAAGCCCUUUCCCUUCGUGAGGAGCCCUUGAUGGCUCUUGAAGUGCUGCGUCGUAAGACAAUUCUGAGGCGGAACAAGGUGAUUCGCGAAGGUCUGAUUCCUUUGGUUGAGCAAGGUACGUACUUCGGCUUUGGGGAUGGAGUCUGGCGCGUGUUUUUCGAGGCUGUGGACCAUAACAAGCCGAAGAUCUUUGGGAAAGAUGGCGGUCAACUCUUAGGAUACGUCUGGGACGCGAUUAUGGACGAAGAUGUAAUUCGCACACCGUCCGUUACUGCCUGUGUGGCGCUUUAUUUGACGCUGUUGUCUGUGAUCUACAGUCCAAGUCUUGUAAUGGAUGACGCAACCCGGGUGUCCUCGAACUCUAUAGACGAAGGUAUUGGACACCCUAAGAAGAAACUUGGUAACAAAAUUUUCGAACUCACAAGCCCCAUUCGUAAGCGUAAGUUUGCGGAGCCUGUUAUACGCGAGAUAUUGGAAAGUGUGGAGGGUUCUCGGAACCUCUCCAAAGUCCUUCGCUCGUGCGGGAUGCACGAGCUCAGUCGUGAGGCAGCGCUCUGUGAAGCGAUAAACGAUAGCCAACGCCUCCUUGAAGCUGAUGCGGCGGCCCUUUCGGCACGUUUCGAUAGCACAACGGAGGUUAAGUCGCUUCUGGCCUCUAUCAUGGGAGGUACGGACGAGGCAGUACGCUCGCACGUUGCGAGUACCUUUGGCAUAUCACCGACAAACGUCAAUGUUGACUGGGAUAAAGUCUUUAUGGACGUGGACUGGCCGACGCACUGGCGCCGCUUGGCAGUGGAGCUUCUCAGCAACACUGCCGUGCUGACGUCUGUGCACCAACUUGUCAAGAAUGUUAUCAGCUAUAAAGGCUCCAUAAAGCGGCUUUUUAACAAGGAGUAUGAAGAGGAACUACAGCAGGUCAUUGCCGCGCGCCAGGCUCGGGUGGCUAGCAAGCGAGCCAAAACAGCCACCAUCGUGGCAGAGCUAACUUCUUUUCGGAAUAUCGACCAAACCCUUGAAAUGUUACGCGGCCUUGGUGUUCCGAUGGAAGAGCUUGAGUAUGAAGCGGCAUCGAUGGAGGAGCGGCUUAAAACGAAGCGCCCCACGGUGGACCCUGCGGUGCUCAAAUGUCUGCUCGAGGCUAUUGGCAAACGCCAUCCAACGUGGAUCAAGGCCGGGGUCCUCCCGCCAUCACCCGCUAUGCUGGAUAACGAUCCCCUCAGCGCUUUAGAAAUGAUGGUACGCAUCUUUGUGAGGCUUGUUUAUCUUCCCCAGGCUGGGGCGGCCUCCAUCGCCCAGCACUUCCGUCGCCGUAUCGGUGCGAUCGGCAAGGAAAGCUUUCAAUAUAACGUUCCCACCGAAAUGGGCAUUGUGGAGCAGUACGAUAACCUCCAAUACAAGCGCUAUGAUUGGCAGGGUUGGUAUCAGCGUAUGGUGGAUGUGCACAACCGCAACGUCUCGAUCCGAUGCCGUAUCGAUCACCUGCGGCGGCUGGAUAACUACGGCGCGCCGCUGGUCGAUCUGCAAACGGAGCGGCGGCUUCGAAUCAUCUGCGGCGAUCGUGUUGGGAUGGGGGUGCUGAAACUGGAUAGCAAUAAAUACGAAGAUCAGGCGGAUAACAUUACGCACGGCACGAUUAAGCUCUCCGAGAUACUCGCAGAGUCGCGAAAGGCGCAGCUGGGGCCGGAGUAUUGGCCAACCGUGGAGGUGAAAGUUCGAAGGCCAAGCGGGCAAACCCAGGCGUACUACUCUAACCUGGAUAACGACCGCAUCGAGAAGCGAAGCAAGGAGCUGUACAAGGCCUACACCGAGGCCAAGAAACGCAGCUUAUUUGUAACGCCGAUGGACUUGUGGCUUGAAGUGAAAGGAGCACAGGCUAGGAAAGCUGUGAAAAGCACAGAUUCCGAGGGCUACACGAUUGAGAGCCUGGAGCAGUCUCUCGGAGACGAAUAG